AUAGUUAGCACGAGACGCCGUGUGGGGCUGCUUGCCGUCACAGCCCCGGCGGAUGCUGCUUUGCCCAAUUUUUCCAGUUCCUCAUUUUGGCCCCAUAGGAGUGUUCAGUGGUGAUGCCACGAUCAGAGAGGACAGCACGUACUUCUGCAUCUUCCGUAACCGCGUGCUGCAUCGGGGAGCCAACCUGACCGUGAGGGUCACCUGUGACGGGGCCAAAUUCCAGGAAGUCUUGCUUUUCGCAAACCCAGGCAGGGAAGGUUCCGGCGCCGUGAACUUCUCCUGCUUCAUCUACAACGUCCGUCUCAUGAACUGCAGCUGGGCGCCCGGCCCCCGAGCCCCCGCCGACGUCUGCUACCGGCUCUUCUGGUGGGCCUCCCUGCACGAGGAUGAGGCGGAGUGCGUGCAUUACGUCACAGACCCCACGGGGACCCGCGUGGGCUGCCAUUUCGAUGAACUCGGUGAACCCCAGGGUAUGGAUAAUUACUUCUUCCUACUGAAUGGGACCAGCAGUGAGACCGCAAUCCCGUUUUUGGACUUUGUUCCGUUUGAAGCCCGUAAGAUCGAAAAGUACAACCCCCCAACAAACAUCAUGAUCGCCCACAACACAUCGCAUCACAUUAUCCGGUGGGAGAACCCCGAGAUGAGAUACGAGCUUUCGACUCAAGUCUUGUAUUAUGAGCUGGACAUCCAGAGACCGGGCAGCGCUUCCAAGACAAACCCCGUUUUGCAGAGGGGGCAAGAUUCGAAUGUGUACGUGGUGCCGCGUUCUGCCGUCAGGCCGGACACCACGCUCCGGCUGAGGGUGCGCUAUGUGCAUAACGAGCUGUGGAGCGAGUGGAGCCCGACGCUGCGUCUCGGCCUCCCGGAGGACUUCCCCGGUGCCCUGGUCGGGGUGCUGGUAGCGGCCUCGGCAGUGCCCGCGCUGGUCCUCGUGUGCUUCUGCAAAUGGUACAGUCUGUUCCCCCGCAUCCCGCAGGUGAAGAAGGAACUCACCGGGACCCUGUUCUCCCCGGAGGGUCCGUCCAUGGCGCAGCAGGUGGCAGAGCUCUGCUCCGUUCGUGGCUUAGUGACCUUCCCCCACAUGCACUGGAGGGAGAAGGUGUCCACCCUUCGGCCACGGGGAACCAUGCAGCUCUGCACGGGCACUUUCUGGGCGGCACCACGAGGGUCUUGCACGUGGGUGCCCUCAACGCUGCCCGACUUCUGUCUCCCAGGUGUCUUGGGACGAGGGCCACCGGCCGCCGAACUCCCGGGAGCCCGAGGACAUCCUCAUCGUGGAGGACAUGUCGUGACCUGCGUGGCUUCAGCCUCUCCCCGCGUCCCCCGCCUCCCCGGAAAAUGUCGCGCAGGAGCGCUGCACGCUUACGUCGGGGGACGAUGUCUCCCCCGACCCCCCCCACCGCCACCCAAAACCCAGGCUUUCUGGCUUCAUGCUGGCGUCCACACCGGGGCUGCUGUAGGCAUCUGACGGGCGUUUCCUUCCUGGUUUCUGUAUUUCUGACUCCGGGGGAAAUAAAAUAGUUCUACGGUGA